CAUCCCUGUGCUGCUGGCUCGACACAGUGGAGGAAAGCAGUGGCUGGAGGCUCCUCUCGGGGCGGACACAGCGGGACUGCGGCCGCUGGGUGACUGGGUGACUAAGGGCUCCGGUGAUCAGACAUGCCGCUGGACAAGAGCAGCUAGGGGGGUUUCACCGAUUGUAUUCGGACAAGGAACCGGCGCAGUGAGCCAGAGCCAGGCCCGGGACGAAGUCGCAGUGUUCAGCGGGAGCAGCGCUGCAUUUUUGCGACACCGGCGGGCUGGUUUGUGUGUGUAUGUGUGUGUGUGUGUGAGAGAGAGAGAGAGAGAGAGAGACAGACACAGAGAGAGUGUGAGUGUGUGUAUGUAUACAAGAGCUGCAGGAACUGACAUGCAGUGUAGAGGUACUGAUUUGUAUGUUUAUGUAAUGCACUGUGAUUCGCUCUCCGUAGCUGCCGUGCAGGUUUGCCUGUGAUUGAGUGUGUGUGUGAGUGUGUGUAUGCGACUGUGAGUGUGUGAGUGUGCGUGUGUUUAGCUCGAGGAGGCUUCUUCUGUGAGGCAGCAUGGGACGGUGCGGGCUUAGCCACAAGCGAGCUAGCGUUAGCUAGCGUUAACGGUCAACAACUUUUUCUCGCCAGCCGCCUAACUUAAAUAAAACCACCAGCCGAGCGGAGGGCCCGGUUUUUUGUUAAUGAAGGGUGUUUAUUUUGUAUUUCGCAACGUCUGCCACUGAGCUUGUGAGACAUUCGGACGCUUUGAUAGAUGUUUCCGCGACGAGUCUAGCUAGCAGCCUAGCUAACCCGCUAGCUGGCUAGGUGGCCCGGGUCGAGCUCCGCGGCCCCGAUGAAGGAGUACAAAGUUGUCGUGUUGGGGAGCGGCGGCGUGGGCAAGUCCGCCCUCACCGUUCAGUUCGUCACGGGCACGUUCAUCGAGAAGUACGACCCGACCAUUGAGGACUUUUAUCGGAAGGAGAUCGAGGUGGACUCGUCGCCGUCCGUGCUGGAGAUCCUGGACACGGCCGGGACGGAGCAGUUCGCCUCCAUGAGAGACCUGUACAUCAAGAACGGACAGGGCUUCAUCCUCGUCUACAGCCUCGUCAACCAGCAGUCUUUUCAGGAUAUCAGACCAAUGCGAGACCAAAUAGUGCGCGUGAAGCGCUUUGAGAAGGUGCCAUUGAUCCUGGUCGGGAACAAAGUAGACUUGGAGUCUGAGCGUGAGGUUUCUGGAACAGACGGCCAGGCUCUGGCCCAAGAGUGGGGCUGCCCCUUCAUUGAAACCUCCGCUAAGAGCAAGACCAUGGUGGAUGAGCUGUUCGCUGAGAUUGUCCGACAGAUGAACUAUUCCACACUACCGGAAAAGCAGGAACAGUGCUGCACAGCCUGUGUGAUACAGUGAGGAAUAGAUGCAUCAUGUGUCAGUAUCACCACAGCUGUUUUCCUUUUUGAUGACCCAUGAACCUUGGGCCAACUUGAGUUUGACCCUGCUAUUAACUUACCGCAGCUGGCAAUGUUUCUACCACUGGGAUGGAUUUUGACUGUCUACCACAAACCAUCUCCAAGGAGAGAAGUCAGUCCUAUUUUUGAUAUUGUGACUGUAGAGCACAUUCUGCUGCAACCUUUAUGGCCUUUGUGGUGACCCAGGAUGAAACUACUCUUCACAGUACUGAUUGGAAUGAGCCAGAACGGCCAUCUGUGAAUUUUUUUUCCUUUCUUUUUUCUUUUUUUUUUUUUUUUUUCUUUUUAAGUUGGAAGUACUCCUGAAGUAAUAACCAGGAGUGUUUGUGGGGCUGCAGCUGCUUUUUAAAAGCUGCUUAAUCACUGUAUUGUUUAUUAAUUAUUACUUGUAUCAUGUCUCAAGGUUGGAAUAUAAUUUUAAAAUCAGUGUUUCACAACAAUGACACAUUUUUACUUUUAAGUAUGCACAUUUCCAUGAGCUCAUGAACAAUCUGCUACAAAUACUUGCUGUCCCAGGCAUAGGUUAGUUUUUACUGUCCAUUUUAUUUUGAAAUCUUUCUCUAAAAAUAAUACUUACAUGAUUCCACUCAAACUGCAGCAUUAUGAACCCUGGUAGUUUUGUUUCUUCUGUGUGUAUGCAUGUCGGUAUUCGAGGGAUACAGUUGACACUCCUAACCCUGAGUUAAUUAGAGCGAGUGAGGUGUGUAGCUGCAGGAUCCUCCAGCAGGACACGAGGCAGUCACGCAGAACAAACCUGUGACGUUUUUCGUUAAGAGGACGGUCACACUAUCGGCUCGGCCGCUGUGCUGCCCUGCGUCAUACCUUUCAAGAAUUUACUUUGCCUGUUUGCUGUUACCUGGGGCGGCUAAACUCAUAUAAAAAUGUGCAUGCUCAAAAUUGAAAAUGUUCCGCUAAAUUCAACUUGAAGCGAUGAGGACGAGCCAUUUCACUGUCUGAGCCUGAAUUCUAUCAAAUCUGGGAAAACAGUGCUUUACUCCGCAAGGCCUACAUCAUGUGGACGAGGGUCUUCCAUUUCGGGUUUUCUUUGCGGGACGGUUAGAGCUGUGGAUGUGCCUCCAAGUGUGACGCGAUCAAAGGAACUCAUAGUACCUGUUUGUGUUUGAAUAUAUGAUGUGAGUUGCUUCAAAUUCAGGAGUCGCUGAUUUCUUGUCAUCUAACUCCUGAUGCAAUGUGGUUUGAUAACAGUUUUGGCCCUGUUGAUAAAAUUUAACAUGGUAUUUUUUCUCCCUCUCUCUCUCUUUGGUUUUCCCAUGGUAACCUAUUUAUUAAAAAACUAACGACAUGGAUAGCCAAUUUUAAACUUUUAAUUUUAUACUAGUUGUUUGCUUUUGUGACUUUCAGGUUACAGUAUAUUGUAUUUGAAGCUGAGAACAGAGCCUUAAAUCAUUUCUGUUUCAA